AUGGAGAAACGCCAAAACGAGGCAGUGGAGCGACUGGUCGGCGAACUGGUCAGUCUGCUUAAAAUGUUGGAUGGUGAGAGUGUCAGCGCCGCCACCGCUGACAAGAUGGUGUCAGUGCGCAACAUCCUGGACACAUUGCAGGUGUCAGGCAGCACUUCGGACGUAUACAUGAACAGCUGCCUCUACGGUAACGGCACCAGCUUCGUCGAGUCCUUGUUCGACGGUUUUGACUGUGACCUGCACGCCCUCAGUACCUCCCCUGUCCAACAGAGAGAGGAAGAGACGCUUGCCGAUAAAUCGACGCCCACGGAUACGCCCCCGCCGCUGCCUACCACUCCCCUCCCGGAGGACUACUACGAGGAGGCUGUUACGCCGGAUCCGAGCUCCGCCCCCCAGUACUUCACUAAUAACAUGGAUGCUUGCAGGAACUCUGAGGAGGACGCUUACUACGAAGAUGCAGACAACAACUACCCCACCACCAGGAUAAAUGGGCCUCCCAAAAAUUCCUAUAACGACUCAGACGCGGUGAGCAGCUCCUACGAGUCAUACGAGGAGGAGGACGAAGAGGCCAAAGCGCAGAGUCCCCCGACGAGGUGGACAGCCGCGGACGAGAGUGCGGACGCUCCAGUUACGGACUGCCGAAUUUGUGCCUUCUUGCUGCGGAAGAAACGAUUUGGACAGUGGGCCAAGCAGCUGGUGGUUGUGCGAGAUAACAAACUACAGUGUUACAAGAGUAUCAAGGAGAGCACCCCUCACACGGAGCUUCCCCUCAGCCAGUGCAGCGUACUCUACGUCAACAAGGACGGACGCAAGAAGAAAAGACACGAGUUGCGCUUCUCUAUGCCUUCGGGUGAGGUUCUAGUUCUGGCUGUGCAGAGUAGGGAACAGGCCCAGCGAUGGAUCAAGGUGGUGCAAGACGUUGGCAGUCACUGUGGCAAUAUGGACGCCCUCAGCGCAUCUGCUUCUCCCAUCAUUCAGAGGAAGCUGGAAAUUGACAAGAUGCUACAGGCCGACAGACACACGUCAGACUCCGACAGCGGGCCCACAGCGGACUGUCAAUCAUCCACACAUGGACCAGCGCCGGGAUGUGGACCAGUACACACUGGUGACACACUAGGGAAAGGAAAGCGUGGCGCCUUGUCAGACUUAACAGGAUCCAUGAGCCGUGCGGCAGGAAAGACGAUCAAUCAAAUCAUCACUUUCUCCAAACGCAAGCCACCGAUUGCAGGAGAGCCCGCUCCCUCUGGUCGCCACGACAACCCUGGCUGCGGCUUUCUGAACGUCUGUGUGGGCGGAAUCUGGAAGGAGCGUUGGUGCACGUUGCGUGCAGGAAGUCUGGUUCUGCAGAGGGAGCCGGGUGAUCAGCGCUCCCCCGUCGCAACAGUGCCGCUGCGGGGCGCCGAGGUGGUGCCGGGGGGACUCGGCCCCAAGCAUCCCUUCUCCUUCCGCGUCCUGCACGGAGGGGCAGAGCUAGCGGCCUUGGAGGCCAGCUGCUCAGAGAGUUUGGGCCGCUGGUUGGGCGUCAUGCUCGCUGAGACGGGUAGCGGCGCGCACCCCGACGAGCUCCACUACGACUACAUCGACGUGGACACGUUGACGGACAUCCGCCACGCCGCCACGCACUCCUUCCUGUGGGCCACCGCGGCCGCCGCCACAUCGUCUCACGGCAACGGCGCCACAUACGACGAGGUCUACGAAAGUGUAGCGGAUGACGAGGGCGGGGCGGCCAAAGGCGGCCCGGUCAGACGCCACGCCUCAUUCUCCAGCAGGGACUCUGAUAGGACGGAGCAGCAGGCCGCCAUCAAAAGACACGCCUCCAACAUCAACCAGUACGGUCGUUACGGGAAACUGCGGGCAGAGGACGACGCCAGGCGGUACGUGAUGCAACAGACGGACCUGGAGAGGCAGAAGGACGUCCUCAGACGUGCACUCAACGCCCUGCGUGCCGAGAGGAAAACACUGAAGGAUGCUAAAGAAUUGAAGGACAAUGGUGUCACAGACGUAGGCGUAGAGCGUCGUUUGGUCCAGUUGGAGGCGCUGUGCAGGCAAAAGGAGGAAGAACGGGUGGAACUUGAACUCAAGCUGACCCAAGUCAAAGAAAACCUCAAUAAGUCAUUGGCCAGGGGCGCCGUUGUGGCUCCACCUACCCAAGCCGCCAUCAAUGCCAAGGUACGCGGCAGCAAGACACAGAAACUUUCCAACAACAACGAGAUAAUUCCCGUCAACUCUGCAGCAGAACUCCGAAAACGGCCACCCUCUCUUUAUGCCUCCUCCAAGGGAAACGUCAUGCAAAAGGCAAAGGAGUGGGAGUCAAAAACAUGCACGUAA